AUGGCCCGACCAGGGUGCCGGGAAAAGCUCACCGAAGGCCCCCGUGCUAUAGCCAAGGUUUGGAGUUGCACGGACGCAUCCCCGGUUCUGGUUGAUGGACCACCAAAGGAACCUCUCCCGGCAAAUGACAACCCCGAAUCAUCCGACCAGAUGAUGAUGGGUUGCAACGUUCCAGCUGGAAGCUCGGACUUGCACGACCCUGCUGUCUGCGCCCAUCGCGCGCCUACUGCUUGGGUGGAAGAGGGGGGGGUUCAGACACCCGAGCGGCUUGUUGGUGGCACAAUGGGAAAUUGA